AGCCUUUGCUUCACUGUAGCAGGCGCCUGCUUCCAUCUGCUGGUAACAACACAGAAUAACACCAUAACCGCUCACUCUCUGUUUGGUUCGUCUUCAUUAAACGUUCCCUUUUAACCCAAGAUCAUUUGUGACUAUAAUUUUAGUCCACAAAAAAUACUCUAGGUGGUUUAAAAUAGCUCAUUUUAAAAAAAAUAAAAGGUUUUAUUUUCUCCUCUUUCGAGCGACAGUUCACAAAACAAGUCCGAGUACUAGUCAGGUGACAGCCGCGAACCUCAUUAAAGUGGCAGGCUGCUCGGCCAAUCACCUGUCGAAUUGUAAACCAAGCAGCGAAUCAGAAUCAAAGGGCGGGACUAAAUGGUGAGUUUUUUCAGGGCGAGAGGAAAUCCUAAGGAAAUGUGUGGGAUCACGCUCUGCGUUUCCAAGUAGCUCAGGCGUUAUUGACAAACUAUCUCCAUCGGGUGACGUUACUUCAUGGUGCCUACCAACGGCCCGUUACAAACAAACAACUAACCGACAAAGUAAACGGGGGGAAUAAGGGGGGAAGCGACCGUGCUUAGGACAAAAUGUCGAUUCAGUACGAGGUGGAACAGCUGUCUGACAGCUACGGGGUUGCGGACUCGUUUCCCAAAGAUUUCGGUUAUGGUGAAGAGGAGGCCGACAUCGAGGACAGCCCGGCACCGUCCGACAGCAAACCCAGGAUCCUGCUUAUGGGCCUGAGGAGAAGCGGCAAAUCGUCGAUACAGAAGGUGGUAUUUCACAAAAUGUCUCCCAAUGAGACCUUGUUUCUGGAGAGCACCAACAAGAUCUACAAGGACGACAUCUCCAGUAGCUCUUUUGUCAACUUCCAGAUCUGGGACUUCCCCGGCCAGGUCGACUUCUUUGACCCCACCUUCGACUACGAGAUGAUCUUCAGAGGAACCGGGGCUCUGAUAUUUGUUAUUGAUGCUCAGGAUGAUUAUGUGGAGGCUCUGAGUAGGCUUCAUCUCACUGUGUCGCGGGCCUACAGGGUCAAUCCAGAGAUAAACUUUGAGGUGUUUAUCCACAAAGUUGACGGCUUGUCAGACGAUCACAAGAUCGAAACCCAAAGAGACAUUCAUCAGAGAGCCAAUGAUGAUCUGGUAGAUGCCAGUUUAGAGAAGCUGCAUCUCAGCUUUUACUUGACGAGUAUUUAUGACCACUCAAUCUUUGAAGCCUUCAGCAAAGUGGUGCAGAAGCUCAUCCCACAGCUCCCCACCUUGGAGAACCUCCUAAAUAUCUUCAUUUCUAAUUCAGGGAUAGAGAAGGCCUUUCUGUUUGACGUGGUCAGUAAGAUCUACAUCGCCACAGACAGCUCUCCUGUGGACAUGCAGUCCUAUGAACUGUGCUGUGAUAUGAUUGAUGUGGUUAUCGAUGUCUCCUGCAUCUAUGGUCUGAAGGAGGAUGGCAGCGGCAGUGCCUAUGACAAGGAGUCCAUGGCCAUCAUCAAGCUCAACAACACCACUGUGCUGUACCUGAAAGAGGUCACCAAGUUCCUGGCCCUUGUCUGCAUCCUGCGAGAAGAGAGCUUCGAGCGCAAAGGACUAAUAGACUACAACUUCCACUGUUUCCGGAAGGCUAUCCAUGAAGUCUUUGAGGUGGGAGUUUCCACUCCGCGUCCAGCUGGUCCACAGGCAAUGGGCUCACCCUGCUCCAAGGCUGUUGCACUCAAUGGCACACCACGCAACACCAUCUAGCUGCUGAUGCAAAAUUUAAAAAACAAAAAACAAAAAGAUGCAACAAGAAGGAAGAGGAAAGGAAAGAUUAGGAAGGGCUCGGGAGCCUGUAGAGAAAAGACUACAAAACUGGGGCUCACCAGCGCACCAGUCACUAUCCCAUGCUCCCAGCACUUAAAGCACUGAGAAAUGCCUCAAGCCAAGAGUGUGGGAGCAGCAGUGGAGCACAGAGGGGUCAGGCCAAGAUGGACGAUUGAAGGGAAAUUCAGGCAUCAGGUAAAUGCAAAGCACUGUGUUAGCUUUGAGGAAGCCGAGAGACUAAACUGCACCUGAACAGGAAAAGGUUCAGGAUCUUUCUUUGGAUUUCUUAAAGCAGUCAAAGGCUGUGAUAAUUAGCUGCUGUUUCCUCUGUAUGAACAAUGUGAUGUGGGGGAUUAAAACCCUCUGUUAUAACCUCUUCAUAUGGACAAACUGUCAGUUUGGAGGCUUCUGUCUCGUGAUGAACCCACCCCGACCACUUCUGUGCUGAAAAAGACGAUGGACGCAAACUGCUGGUCCAAACCCACACAUGUUCAGAGAUGGCCUUAUGUAGAUAAAGCUUGACUGUAGUGCAAGCUUUUUCUCUCACCACCAUUCACCUCACCUUACCUGAAUGCUGCCCAAAACUUGCUUUUUGGUUUGACUAGUGAAGGGAAAAUAAGGUUUUGUGAGCAGACUAAAAAGGGAUUGUGUUGUCCAGUUAGAGUGUGUGUGUGUGUGUGUGUGUGUGUGUGUGUGUGUGUGUGUGUGUGUGUGUGUGUGUGUGUGUGUGUGUGUGUGUGUGUGUGUGUGUGUGUGUGUGUGUGAGAGAGAGAGUGUGAGAAAGGUUUUGAUUAAAUCCCAGGCGAGUUAUUGUGAAGGAACUUAACAGAAAACAUAUAUAUGUCCUUUUUAGCUAAGAGCAGUUUAGCAUGAUUAAACUUCUCUCAUUCAGUGAAAAUAACUCUUCUGUGCUCGUGCUCCACUGAGGAACAACUUCUGAUUGACUUUAUGAUGAAUAGAAAAAGGAGUUUACUAGAAAUUUGGAAAUACACAUUGCAAAAGCACUGCCACCAUGAAUGAAUCGCAGCCAGUUACACUAUGCCACAAUUUAAGAAAAAAAAAUUAAUUAAAUUUGUUAAGUAUGAGUGAGGUGCAAGGUUGAUGAACAGGUCAAGAAACCAGAUGGACUCACAGUUUAGGAUUGUCAGACUGGUUGCAGCAUGCUUGCAUGCUUUUCCACUCAGUCACAGUCCCGCCAAAAUUAUUAACCCAUGUAGCAACCUGAUUUAGUUUAGUCCUGAUGAGCGGGAGUCACAAGAGCAAAUCAUUACUCCAAGCAUGCAUACAUCAGUGUGUUUUUUCAGUUGAAUUGUUCUCAACCAAAACAUUGCUUCUUGCUUUGAAAAGGGGAGAGUGGAAAUGGAAUUAACAAAGAAAAUCAAACUGCUAAAGUAGGAGAAAAAGACCAAAUUUUAUUAUAAUCGCCAUUAAAAUGAUGCACUGUUCAUGUCUGUAUGUUUGUGUUUGCUUCUGUCAGGACUGAGAGGUAAAAGCUCGUACCGGUUGCACCUAAAGAUCGGGACUUUGACUCAGGAACCAGGAUUACCACAUUAUCUAGCUAACUUUUCUGAGUAAAACUGAGUUCUAGCUUUGAAGGUGCCCCCGGUUUUAUUCAGCAAAGUUAUUCAGGUAAUUCUGGUGCUCCUUGAAACUGGCCCGAGAAGUUGUUUCAUUAGUCACCUGAGAAUAAGUCGCCGCUUCAUUGUUGCACAUCAGAACUGUGGUGGAUGAUUGAUUUCAUGUAAUGUGAUGCUAUACUGUGUGAAAUAAAUGAAAAUUU